GAUGAAUUCAUUAUAUAACCAUGGUAUAAAGCAGACCCAGCUACUUACCAAGGAUUUGGCUACGUUUGAGAAAAACUUAUCCACUUCACCAUUAUCUUUACAAGGAUCCAUAACCACCACCUUAAACGCAUUCAAUAAAACGAUACGAGACUAUGAAGAUUUGGUGAAUCAAAAUAAACAUGACGAAUCCAAUUCUAAACAUGAAACCCGGUUGAACAAGUUUCAGGAAGACUUGGGCAAUUUUAAUAAAAAGUUUAACGAUUUAAAAUUACAAAGAGAGAAUAUAAUUCAAGAAAGUAAUAAGCAAGAAUUAAUGGGACGUAGAAACGUUCAUCAUUCAACAUCGGGUAAUCCCUAUAAUGAAGAACAACAAUAUGAACAACAACAACAACAACAACAACUAUCGGCACAAGAAAGCUUGUAUAAUGAAAGACAAUCUUUAUCUAGAGGUACUCAACAACUAGAUCAUAUAUUAGAAAUGGGACAACAAACUUUCGAAGAUAUAGUUGAACAAAAUGAAACAUUACGUAAAUUAGCAACCAAAUUUGAAGAAGGUUUGGUUACUUUAGGGGUAAGUCAAGGUACUAUUAGAACCAUUGAAAGAAGAGCCAAACAGGAUAAAUGGUUAUUUUGGGGAGGUGUCAUUGUUGUGGAGGAUAUUCUCGAAUCAUUCGCGUCUCGACACAAAUUUCACAAUUCAAUUACUUCAAAAGCCAUGUUCAUGGGCUCAAAAAUUGAAUACUGAGUGAUUUAUCAUAUUUGGUAAACACCUUUUUCGUUUAGUACCUUAUACCACUCUACAACCACUUUAACCAUCCAUAUCGCUCCUACGGAGUCCUCUACUACCAAUUAGAUACCAGAAUGUCAACGUCUGUCAAGAUGUCGAGAUCAAAAAAAAAAUGUCAAAGGUCGAAGGUGUUAUGAACAAUCUCGGAGCGAGGCUCUUAUCAUGAACCUUUGUGCCUAUACACUACGUAGCUAGAACCAAUAGCUCGAGUAUCCUCGAGCCUAGAAACCUGGUGGAGCACCAGUAGAGGGCCAGCAGAGGGCCAGUAGAGCACCAAUAGAGCACCAGUAAAGCACCAGUGAAGCACCAGUAGACCAGUCGAGGGCCAGUCGAGUAGAGUAGAAUUGACAGAACAGCUACCGACGGCCGUCAACCG